CAUUGCAAUCCAAGUCAGGUUCGAUCGAACCUGAAUCCCUUCACGACUCCUCACCAACAAAAUCCCAUAAAACCCUCUUCUACACCAACAAACAAAACUCCAAACGAAUUAAGCAUCGCGAACCAACGCCGCCAUGGCCGCCGCCGCCGCCACGCCGCGCCACCAUCACCGCCUCCUUCUGCUGCUGUUCAUCCUCUUCCUCGCCGCCGGCGCCGCCGUGCCGGUCUCCGGCGCCUGGGACGCCAAGGGGAAGACGCUGUGCUCCGGCCGCCUCCUCGGCCUCACCGACUGCGGCGACGAGGAGCCGAGCGCGUACGAGAUGCUGGAGAGGUUCGGGUUCCCGCGCGGCAUCCUGCCGGAGGGGGUGACGGGGUACACGCUCCGGCCGUCGGACGGCGAGUUCGCGGUGUACCUCGGGACGGGGGAGUGCGAGUUCGAGGUCGACGGCGGGUACCGGCUCACCUACCAGGGGAGGAUCACCGGCAGGGUGGCCGGCGGCAGCAUCACCGGCCUCCGCGGCGUCACGGUGAGGGUCUUCAUGAUGAACUGGGGCAUCGACCGCGUCGUCGUGGCCGACGCCGACCACCUCGUGUUCUACGUCGGCCCGCUCUCCCAGGCGUUCCCGGUGGACGGAUUCGAGGAAUCGCCGCAGUGCCGGUGCCGCCACGGCGGCGGCGCCGCCGUCUCCGGCGUCGCGGCGAUGUAGGAUCUGGGCCGUUCGUUGGGUGUACGUACGAGUGUAACGAGUGUUCCUGUGAUCGACGAACGCGUUAGUUGGUGUUUUCGUGCGCGAAGUCGCGGAUUAUUUUGUUUAGGCGUCUAAUCGGAUUAAACAAUCGAACGCGCCUUGUAAAUUAAUUAAAUUAAUUAAUUGCCUCGCUUGAUUCAUUAUUUCAUUGUGUUAUGUUUAUUGACUAGAAAAAGUAUCCGUACGUGGCAACGGAAAGAAAAUUAAGGAAAAUCUUGCUGACGGAUCCCCUGGUGUGU